CAGCCCUCACUGCCCGCAGCCAGCGGGAGCACGGCCUCUCGGCAGCGUGGGGUCUGCAGCCGGAGCAUGGGGGUCCUGGGCUGCCUGUGGCCGGCGCUGCUGCUGGGCGUGGUGGGGGCCGCGGUGGCCGAGCCCGCCGGGCUGCUCAGCCUCCUGGCCUCAGGCCGCGGCACUCUGGACCACGCGGUGCUGGGCGGCCUGUUAAAUACGGUGGCGGCCCGUGUGCACUGCACCGACGGGCCGUGUGGAAAGUGUCUGUCUGUGGAGGACGCCCUGGCCCUGGGCAGAGCUGAGGAGCCCGGGGCCGCCCUGGACCCGCUCUGGGGCCCCCGGCACGUCGCCCGCCUGAGUGCUGCCGCCUCCCUGUACCUCAGCGACCCCGAGGGCUGCUGUGUGGACGCCGGGGCCAGCCACUGGGCCUCCCGGGCCGACCACCUCCUGGCCUCGCUGGAGGGCCCCGAGGCCCUGGCGCUGGGCCUGAGCCGGCUGCUCCGGAAGAUCCAGGCCCCCCCGGCCGGCCAGCCCGCCGCACAGGAGGCCUGUGUGGACGUGCCUCAGCUGCUGGAGGAAGCGGCCAGGGCCGGGGGCCCUGGAGACCCCGGCUGGGUGCUGGCCGCCCUCGUGGACCACGUCAGCGUGGGCUCCUGCUUCCGUGCCCUGCCGACCCCGCAGUACUUCGUGGACUUCGUGUUCCGCCAGCACAGCAGCCAGAACCCCAACCUCACGCUGACCGAGCUGGCGGCCCUGAUGCAGAGCCUGGGGGUGGGUGCACAGGCCCAGGUCCACAGCCACGACGACCACGGCGAUGGCGACCACCACGAUGACCACAACGAUAGUGACCACAGUGACGGCGACCACCACGACAACCAUGGCGAUGGCGACCACCACGAUGACCACAACGAUAGUGACCACAGUGAUGGCGACCACCACGACGACCAUGGCGAUGGCGACCAUGGCAACCACAACCACCUGGGCAGGAGGGCCCUGGGGGACAGCCAUGAGGAGCUCGUGUCCCCCAACAGCAGCUCCACCAUGUGGGACCCAGUUUGCCUGAGUGCCAGGGAGGUGAUGGCCGUGUACGGGCUGCCCGAGGAGGCCGGGGUGGCCCCUGAGGCCUGGGCCCAGCUCAGCCCAGCCCUGCUCCAGCAGCAGCUGAGUGGGGCCUGCCGCUCACAGCCCAGGACCCCCACCCAGGGGCAGCUCAGCCAGGCGGAGAAGUACCUGUACGGCUCCCUGGCCACGCUGCUCCUCUGCCUGCUCGCGCUCGUGGGCCUGGUGCUCCUGGCUUGCACCGGCUGCCCGGCCGUCACCAACUAUGUCAUCCAGACCUUCCUGAGCAUGGCCGUGGGUGCUCUCACUGGCGACGCCCUCCUGCACCUGAUGCCUGAGGUGCUGGGCCUGCACGACCACGGGGACAGCGCCAGCCCAGAGCCCAGCUGGCGCCUCCUGGCCCUGCUGGGCGGAAUCUACGCUUUCUUCCUGUUCGAGAACCUCUUCAACCUCCUGCUGCCCCAGAACCCCGAGGACCCAGAGGAGGACGCGUCCUGCAGCCACGCCGGCCACAGCCACUCGAUGUCGCUGCAGCUGGCGCCCAGGGAGCUCCGGCCACCCAAGGCGCCCCACGAGAACUCGCGGGCCGACCUGGUGGCGGAGGAGAACCUGGAGCUCCAGAGGCCGGGACACCCCAGACCGAACCCAGAGCUGCGGCUGCUCCCCUACGUGAUCGCCGUGGGCGACGCGGUGCACAACUUCGCCGACGGGCUGGCGGUGGGCGCCGCCUUCGCGUCCUCCUGGAAGACGGGGCUGGCCACGUCGGUGGCCGUGUUCUGCCACGAGGUGCCGCACGAGCUGGGGGACUUCGCGGCGCUGCUGCACGCCGGGCUGUCCGUGCGCCGCGCGCUGCUGCUGAACGUGGUCUCGGCGCUCACGGCCUUCGCCGGCCUCUACCUGGCCCUCGCGGUGGGCGUCAGCGAGGAGAGCCAGGCCUGGAUCCUGGCGGUGGCCGCCGGCCUCUUCCUCUACGUGGCGCUUUGCGACAUGCUCCCGGCCAUGCUGAACGUGCGCGACCAGCGGCCCUGGCUCCUCUUCGCGCUGCACAACGCCGGCCUGCUGGGCGGCUGGACCGUCCUGCUGCUGCUGUCGCUGUACGAGGACAGCAUCACCCUCUAACCCAGCCACCGCGGGAAGCAGGCUCUUGACCCUGAGCCCCAGCCCUGCCCAUCUAGGCCCCUGGACCCACUUUCUGGAAAAUUCCAGUCCUGGAGAGUCCCUGCCCCUUGCCCCCAGCUUCAAUAAAGAACUCCU